UUCAUUUGUUCUCCCAACAGCCACCGAAGUUCAUAGGGUGAGGAGUGGGCGGCUUCGCUCAGCGAAAGCGCCGGGCUACCUAAGCCCGAGCCUCCCCGCCAGGCUCACUGGGCCAGAGCCUCACCGCGGGCUCUGUGCUCAGGCUGCGCCACGUGGCCUUCACCCCUGUGACUCCUCUGCAGUUUGUGCGGACGCACAGACGAGUCGACUUGUACUCUGGCCGCCAAUGAGUCUCCCCGCGCCCCGCGGCCGUACCAUGCAAUCCCCACCCGACUGGCCCCCAGCCCCCGGGCCUGCGGCCCUCGCCCGUCCAGCACCCAGCGCUGCACAUCCUCCACCGCAUGGCCCGCGUGCUGCUCUUCCCAGCCUACUGCACCGUGGAUCAGCUGCUGGGCUGCCGUGCACCAAGUGCGCGCCCGACCAGCCUGCGGUGGCUGAGAAGGGCGGCGGGCGGCGGCGCGGCGCUGCUGCUGCUGCUGGUCGGCCUGCCCCUGGCGCUGCCCGGCCUGCUGCUCUGGCUGUGGCUGCAGGUUUGGCGUCGCCCCUUCUGCUACCUCCCCCUCCGCUGUGCUGGGCGCCGCCCACACCCUGGCACCCGCCGGCUGAACCCGGGUACUGCUUUGCCUUCCUCACAGCCAAUCUGCCUGCUCCCCGACGGGCUGGCGCUCUUCAGCAACCUGCCGCACAGCCAGCGACGGGCCGAGGCCAUUGGCGCCGCGCUGCUGGCCGGUCUGCGGCCCGCACUCUAUAGGGCGACGGACUGCAACCAGCCCUGGCCCAGGGCGCCACGCGGGGUGCUGGUGGCCUCGCUGCCCGUGGGUCUGGACUUUGUGUGCCUGCAGGAGGUAUUUGAUCUGCCAGCGGCGCGUCGCUUGGUGAACUGCCUGGCGCCCAACCUGGGUCCGGUGCCAUACGACGUGGGUACAUUCAACCUACAGUCGGGGCCGCACCUUAAGCUACUGGGCAGCAGGUUGCUGUUGACCUCGCGCUACCCACUGCUGUGCGCAGCCUUCCGUUGCUUCCCCCAUGCACGUGGCGAGGACGCGCUGGCUUCCAAGGGACUACUGUCCGCACAGGUACUGGCCUAACCUGCUGCGGCUCGUGGAGCGGGCGAGGAAUUCAGCCAAAACGUCGAGGGAAGCUGGGGCCGUCUGUGGCAUUGUAGGCACAGCUGGGCAGCCUGGACGGGCGCUGCAUCGUGGGAUUCCUGCACUGCACGCACUCACUUGCAAGCACCGACUGGUGAGCCCUGUGGGUGGGGUCCUUGGAACAGGUCCUGCCGCUCGGUGGCUAUGGGAAUCGCCCCUGCGAGAGGCUAACAACGUGGCCUCCGCCAUUAGGUGAGCUUGAUUCCUUACACACUCUCCCUGGCUUGAGGCUGCCGAGCUAUGGGAAAGAAGGAAUUGAGAGGAGAUUGAC